AUGGACUUACUGAAGAAAGCGCUUAGGGAUCCUGAGGCAUGCCAAAUGAGCCCAGAGGAGAUAGUGGUUGGCGGGAAGAAGGUUCCUCCCAAGCAGAUGGUCAAGUUUAAGGGAACCGAGACGAAGGAGUACACCUUUGAGCAAGUUCUAUUCUACCUACUGAACAGGGACAAGAAGUAUACGGUGUAUAUGACCUUGUGCAGAGAGAGCGGAAUAGGAAAGAUAUACUACACGGACCAGAAGAUUAUUGUCGAGGAGAUUGAAAACUUCAAGGAGACGUCUAUUGCAGCCAGGAUUGAUGGGCCUGACUUCCGAUACAUUGGGCUCCGGGACUACAGCUACUUAGGCUACCUUUGUAGAAAGGAGGACGAAGGCAGGCCUACUAUCUACUAUGCUAUAGUUCCCCAGUCUGUUUCUUCGCCCGUGAACCUGAGUAACAUCAAGGAGUUCUUUGAGGAAGGGAAGUGCUCUGAUGGAAUCCGCAUUAGCGAGGUCGAGAAGGUAGAGUUGGAUCUUGAUGGUUUCAAGCUUGUUGCAGUGGACGAUGUAGGAGGAUUUACAUCGGAGGACUGGAAAAGAGUUGUAUGCAUAUUCCUCGAUGGGUCCAAGUGGCAGACGGGGAGGUGGAACAUAAGGGAUGUGGGGGAGAUAUUCAACACGAUACCAACUUUCUAUUUUGCCAGGAGAGGGACACAGAGCAACCUCUACAUGAGGAAUUACAAUGCCACCGAGAUUGGCGUCCAUGACGGAAAGGUGGGCAGAUCCAGCCUUAGUUCAAUAAAAGAAAGAAUUAAAGGUUGUAUUUUAGGGAUCUGA